CGAGCUCACACAACUUCAUGCUGUACACCAGAUCACAUCAACGAGAUUUUGACGGAUGGGCUUCCGAUGGAAACUACGGCUGGAGCUACCGCGAAGUGUUGCCAUAUUUUUUGAAGGCGGAAUCGAGCUACGUCAAUGUUUCGUCUAAUACGUUUGAAACGCCUAUGAUCAAUUCGGUUCUUGAAGUUGCGCGCGAGUUUGGAUACAGAGCAAUCAAUCCUUUUGACAAAGUUCAGCUUGGAUUCUACCGAGCGUCUACGACAACUUUGAAAGGUCAACGAAACAGCGCAGCGCGCGCUUAUCUGCAUCCUGUUCGAAACAGGAGAAAUCUUCACAUAUCGAUGAACUCUAUAGUUACUAAAAUCUUGAUUGAUCCAGAUACUAAAACCGCUUACGGAGUUCAAUUUACGAAAAAUGGAGUCUCCCAUACGAUUCGUACUAAAAAGGAGAUCAUUCUAUCAGCUGGAGUAAUAGCAUCACCUCAGCUAUUGAUGCUCUCGGGUAUCGGACCAAGACACCAUCUGGAGUCCUUGUCAAUACCGGUGAUCAAGUCUUUGGAUGUUGGAUACAACCUUCAUGACCAUUACGGUUAUACACAGCUCAAGUUUAAUCUACGAAAUUCGGGAACCUUCGAACCACAUAAAACAAUCGCACAACAGUUCGAUGAAUAUAUCUCCAACGGAACCGGUCCCUUCUCGUCACCAGCUGGAUUCGAUGUUUUGGCUUUUAUGAAGACCCGCAGUUCCGACCUUCCCAGCGACUAUCCCGAUGUAGAGCUCAUGUUUAAAACGGUGUCCCUAGACAAAUCUACUACCAACAAGCAGCUUGAAUAUCUGGGAUUACAAGACAUUCUACAAAAUUCAAGUCUUUUGGUAGAUCCCAACGAUGAUACCCUCAGCAUCGUAGUCUUGCUGAUGUCCCCGAAGAGUCGCGGUCGAGUUUGGCUCAACAGCUCCAACCCGUUCGACAAACCCCGCAUGGAUCCAAACUUCUUUGACCAUCCGCACGAUUUGACCACGGUUAUCGAGGGAAUCCAACUUGGGAUACGAAUGGGAGAGUCGCGAUCGCUGGCAAAGUAUGGACCAGAAGUCGAUCGAACUCCGAUCGCAGGUUGCGAGCGCCUGGCUUUCGGAAGUGACGAGUACUGGAGGUGUAGCAUCCGGCAGCAGGGAUCUGCGCUGGGACAUCAGUGUGGUACCUGCAAGAUGGGACCAAAGAGUGACCCGGGUGCUGUUGUCAAUCCGGAGUUACAGGUUCACGGUGUAAAGAAUCUUAGGGUGGCCGACGCUUCGAUUCUACCAGGUCCACUUGCGGGCCAUCCGAAUGCGGCCCUGUUUAUGGUUGGUGAAAAGGUAUCGGAUUCGAUCAAAGAGUAUUGGAAUGGAUGUGUUUGGAAAAAAUAAAUAAAUUUUGAAAAACCUCUAUUACUCAUUUCAUCUGAAGAAAAGCGACACUAAUCCAACAAAUGAACUGGAAAAGCUGAACUCUCUGUUCCGCAUAAAGAGAGGUGUCACAAGCCUGGCUCCGCUUCAUUAUGGAAAGUGUACCUGGUCAUAACAACACGGCGGCGGCGUGAAAACAAUAAGCCGGUCACGCACUGGCUAAUUGAGAACACCGGCGCGCAGAGUUGUGCCCAUUGUCUUUCCCCAGUCUCUUUCACUCUGAAAAGGGCCACCUCGGGCCGAUUUGGGUGUGGCCGCUGCAGCUCCACCUCGCCCUCAUCCCAGUUGAACUGCCAUUUCCGUACAGCACUGUUUGUCACGUUGGUGUCUAUUAGUACCCGGAGCGGGGCGCGCUAGGUGCAAAUGAGUUUUGCGAAUUUUGGCGAGGCGAAUUGAGGUUAGGGUGAC